GUCAUCUCAAUGAGACGAAACAUUCACAGAACAUGCAGAACACACAGCACAGCUGCUAUAUAACUAAAUAACGCAAAUAAGGCGCGUAUCCCGCAUACUACUCUAUUCUUCAGUUUUCGGGUCUCUUCAUUGGUCAGAUCUGGUGGGCAAAAUGGAUGAAGGAGAGUUAGUGGAAUACUUCAGAACUCAAAUGAGUCAAGAUCCAGAUGUUGCCUCAGCAGUGGCCGCAAUUCGCUCUCUCCUGGAGUUCCUGAAAAGAGACCAAAGUGAGACAAUCUUGGGCCUGAGAGAGAACAUGACACGGGCCAUCGGCCGGCUGCAGGAGGCAGACUCCUCAGUGGCAGUGUCCUCAGGAGGAGAGCUCUUCCUCCGCUUCAUCACCCUCACAUCACUGGAACAUCCGGACCUCUCUCAGUGCAAAAAGGUGAUGGUUGAAAGAGGGGAACUGUUCCUGAAGAAGAUCUCACUCUCCAGAAACAAGGUGGCCAAACUUUGCCACAAUUUCAUCAAAGAUGGAGCUAAAAUCCUGACCCACUCAUCAUCCCGGGUGGUUCUGAAAGUGCUGGAGAAUGUGGCAGCGGAUAAGAAGCGCUUUAGCGUCUAUGUUACAGAGUCCCAACCAGACUCCUCAGGAAAUCAGAUGGCCGAGAAGCUACGGAAGCUAAAUAUCCCAGUCACAGUUAUCCUGGAUGCUGCAGUGGGCUAUGUAAUGGAGAAGGUAGACCUUGUGAUAGUUGGAGCAGAAGGAGUUGUGGAGAGUGGAGGCAUAAUUAAUAAGAUUGGCACCUAUCAGAUGGCAGUGUGUUCUAAAGCCCAUAAUAAGCCAUUCUACGUGGUGGCAGAGAGUUUCAAGUUUGUCAGGCUCUAUCCCCUCAACCAGCAAGAUGUUCCUGAUCGAUUUAAGUACAAAGCUCACACCCUUAAAACAGCUGAAGACCUGGACAAAGAGCACCCUAUGGUUGACUACACCCCUCCUUCCCUCAUCACCCUGCUGUUCACCGACCUGGGAGUUCUCACUCCGUCAGCCAUCAGUGACGAACUCAUCAAGAUUUACCUAUGAGUCUUUCCCAUCCUACAUGAUCAAUAGAGAGAGGGGGAUGACCAUUGUGCACUUAAUGGCAGCUGUGCUAUGCCUUCUCUGCUGAUGGUGCUUUGGCCUGGGUGACUCCACUUGUUUUGCAAGCUUCUUGUGUAAAAUAAAACCAGAAUAUCAGGAGA